GAGGGUGGUGACGGCAAGAGCCGGUGGCUGCCGGGAGGGACGGGUCGGAUUCUCGUCGACGGCGUCGUGGAGGGGGAGAUAAAAAUGGACCCCAGCUCAGCGCCUCCCUCCACCUCGCCCUUCCUCGCCUUCUUCUCGCCACUUGUUUUGGCGGGAACUGAAAGCCCUCCGCGCGCCGGAAUCCAUGGCGAAGCGCCGCCGCGAGCCCCCCGCCGACGAAGAGCGCUGCACCAGAACCGACGGGAAGCGGUGGCGGUGCUUCGAACGCCGCCUCCGCGACCAUCGCUACUGCCGCAAGCAUCAGAUCCUCUACCUCGCCACCCUCGACCGCAACCGUGCCUCCAAACCCUCCUCCGGGGUUAGGGUUAAGAAGGAGAAGAAGACCCCUCGCGCUGGGGCUGGGGCUAGGGCAUCCAAGCCCUCCUCCUCCUCCUCCUCCGCCACCGCCAAGAAGGAGAGGAAGAGCCCUAAGAUUAGGGUUUCGGCCCCCGUCGAGAAGGAAGCCGUCGGAAACGGGGAGACUUCCUCCCAGGAGCUGCUUAAUCCCGCGCCUGAGACCCCGGAGCCGGGCCAGAUCUGGGCCCUCCCCGACGAAUCCGACGGCCACCCCCGCGUUUACGCGAGGGUCGAAAAGAUCGACGCCGACAAGGGGACGGCGGAGGUGACGCUGCUGGUGCCCCACCCCGUCUCGGACGACGAGAGGCGUUGGGUCGAGGAGGGCGUGCCGGCGGCCUGCGGGAUGUUCCGGCCGGGCAAGUCGUCGAUCUUGGUGGCGCUCGCCGCCUUCUCUCACAGGAUGGUCGUCGAGGAGGAAGAAUCCUCGGGGGAACCUGGCAGCUCGGACAAGUUCUACAAGAUUUUCCCCCGCAAGGGCGAGGUUUGGGCGGUGUACCAGCGGUGGGACAAGGGGAAGAAGAAUCUCGUGUUUAGGCUGGUGGAGGUCGUCUCGGGAUUCACCGUGGACGAAGGGGUCACGGUGGCUGCUUUGAGCUGGGUGGAAGGAUCGGACGCCGUGUUCCAGAGACAGGUCGUGGAAGGCUUUGAGCUCGUCAAAACGUUGUCAAGGAAGGAGCUUUUGAGGUUCUCCCAUCAAGCUGUGGCCUGCAAGGAGACCGAAGAUGAGAUUGACGGCGGCCGUAGCGGUCGUUGGAAUGUCAUCUGCUAAAAUCCGGCCAUCGUAUCCAGAGAAUCACCUGGUUAGAUUCCACCAAAAAAAAAAGGAAAAAUUUGGGGAUAUAGGUAAUCUUGUGACAUUUAGCUUGAGUUAGGAGUUUUGAUUGCAAUUUGACUUGCAGCUGGCUUAAACUUUGUUAUCAGGUUUUUCUGAAACACCCAUUGCCAUAUGUUUGUUCAUGUUGUUGGAUAAGUUAAGGCAUAUUUGUACUCUUGGAUAGUCAGACUGAAGCUAGUGUAGUUUUUCCAUGUUGUUGCAUUCAUCUGUAAUUGCUCUAA